CAAAACUAGGAGAUAAACCCAAAAACCCAAAAGAAAGUUAAUGUCGAGCUGGCUGUCUUCUACUCACAAGAUAGAAUAGAGAAGUUGCAAAGUUAUCAGUGCAAGAAGUUCAUCCGACGGCUGUAAUCAUCUGAAAAUCUCCGUCAACCGCUCGAUUAAAGCGGUCGUCCCCCUCAAUUCCUUUCUUCCACUCGAAUCAACAAGUUGUUCGAUCAAUCCUCCAUCUCUGUUCUCGCGCUGCUCAAGAUUCAUCAAAAGAAAGAUAUGGGAUUCUGGACCUUCUUGGAAGGGCUUCUGUUGUUUGCAAAUGCCUUUGCAAUUCUAAACGAAGAUCGUUUUCUUUCUCGGAGAGGAUGGACAUUGGGAGAGAUGUCGAGAGGAAGACGGAACACGCUCAAAGGGCAGGUAAUAGGGCUCAUCCAUGCAUGCCAAUUCUUGAGACUUCCGCUCAUUCUUUUCAACAUCAUCAUCAUCGUAAUCAAGCUCUUCUCUGGUUGAUUCAGUGUACAAAAUGAAAUAGAUCUUGAAGCAUGACAUAAUCGUAUUGAGUGAAUAAUAGUUUAUCUUACAUGAGA